AUGAGAAGGAGGAGUGUGUGGGUGGCGCUGGUGGGCGUGUGGGCGGCAGCUUCCGUGGGCGUGGUCGUUGUGUCAUCCCCUGAACCUCACAUCACCUUCUACAACUUCCUCUUCUCUUUCGCGGGGGCCUAUGCACAGCAGGGUUCAGAAGUCCAGCCAGCGUGUUACCGUGGCCGUAUGGUGUUUUGGGGGCUGUGGGCGGGGUCAGUGCUGCUCUACGCCUCUUACACUGCCCUGCUCACCUCCCGCCUCGCCGUGGUGCCUCCCAGCCGCCCCUUCAGAGAUAUCAAGGACGCGCUCACCUCUGCAGGGUACUCUAUCACUGCGCAGAGAGGCUCGUCCUAUUUACUGAUGGCGCAGAGCAAGACUGGGUUCCUGCAGGAGAUGAACUCGGUCAACUACGCCUUGGAGGGUGACUGCGCCUUCACCUGGGAGGGACCUAAGUAUUUCCCGGAGUAUACCUUCCUAGGGUACCGCAAGAACCUUCCCUACGCCACAGCCCUCAACGCCUUCAUCUCCCGCUUAGCUGACAUGGGGAUCCUGGACAAGCUAAGGAGCAAGUGGUGGGCUCAAGACUACUCCUGCGCCUCCUCCAGCCAGUCCUUCCUUCAACUAGGGUUCAAUAAAGUGGUGUUUGCCUUCUUCGUGCUCUCCCUAGGCAUGGGCGCCGGACUGGUGGUGCUACUGGUGGAGAGGUGGAUCAGAAGACACCACCAUGCCACCUUCUCACCCUCCUCCACCUCC